AGCCCGGGCCUGCUGGACAAGCAGCAUCCCGGGCCUGUGAGCCGGAUUCAAGGACUGCCUCAGGGCGGCCCUCAGUCCUGUUUGGGCCUUCUCCAGCCCCACUUCCUGUUCCCUGGCCCGGGCCAAGUCCUCUCAGGACUCAGAUGUCGGGUUCCAGAUGCCUGGUCUCAGAGUUGUGGGAACUGUCUGUGGGGAGGCCUCACUCCACCCGCUGCCCAGGCGACAUGCCCCAGGUCACAGCCAUGCAGCCCCAUCUGCGCUGGCCCACUCCCAAGUGGUGGUUCCUCCUCUGGGGAGUCCUCCAGGCUUGCCCCACGCAGGGCUCCGUGGUGCUCCUGGCCCAGUGGCUGCCCCAGAAGCUGACGUCCCCUGGGUACCCAGAGCCGUACGUCAAAGGCCAGGAGAGCUCCACGGACAUCGAGGCUCCAGAGGGCUAUGCUGUGAGGCUCCUGUUCCAGGACUUUGACCUGGAGCCGUCCCCGGACUGUGAGCGGGACUCCAUCACAAUCACAGCCAGUGGGAUGGAUCUCGGCCAGUUCUGCGGUCAGCAGGGCUCUCUGCUGGGCAGGCCCCCUGGUCAGAGGGAGUUUGUGUCCUCAGGGAACAGUUUGCGGCUGACCUUCAGUGCCCCGGCCUCUGAAGACAAGACCCCAGGCCUCCACAAGGGCUUCCUGGCCCUCUACCAAGCCGUGGCUGUGAAUUAUACUCAGCCCAUCAAGCAGGCCACUGGGGUCCCCAAGGCCAUUCACACACCUGGAGACAACCCCAGUGAGAUCCAGAGCUGCUGCCAGGAGCCCUAUUACGAGGCCGAGCCCUCAGGGACACUCACCUGCACUGUCCAGGUGCCCUGGAAGCAGACCCAGGAAAGGGAGGAGGCUCCCCGCUGUGUGCCUGCUUGUGGACGGCCGGUGGUCCCCAUCUCCCAGACCCAGGAGUCCCUUGGCGCCUCCAGAGCUGAGCUGGGCAGCUUCCCCUGGCAGGCCCUCACCAGCAUCUAUGGCAGGGGCGGCGGGGCCCUGCUGGGCGACCGCUGGGUUCUCACCGCUGCCCACACCAUCCACCCCAAGGACAGCAUCUUGCUCGGGAAGAACCGGAGGGCCCAGGUGUUCCUGGGCCACGCGGACACAGACCAGAUGCUGGAGCGGGGCGGCCACCCCGUGCGCCGCGUGGUCGUGCACCCGGACUACCGUCAGGACGAGCCCCACGACUUCCACGGAGACAUCGCGCUCCUGGAGCUGGAGCGCAGCGUCCCCCUGGGCCCCCACCUCCUUCCAGUCUGCCUGCCGGACCGCGAGGCCCUGUACCGGCCCGGCCGGUGGGGCUACGUCAGCGGCUUCGGCGUGGAGAUGGGCUGGCUGAGCACCAAGCUCAAGUACUCGCGGCUGCCUGUGGCCCCGAGGGCGGCCUGCGAGGCCUGGCUCCGGGAGAGGCGGAGGCCCGAGGCGUUCACCAACGGCAUGUUCUGCGCCGGGGACCAGACGCGGCCGCAGAGUGUCUGCCAGGGGGACAGUGGCGGCGCCUUCGUGGUGUGGGACGAUCGCGCCCGGCGCUGGGUGGCCACGGGCAUCGUGUCCUGGGGCGUCGGGUGUGGCAAGGGGUACGGCUUCUACACCAAAGUGCUCGACUACGUGGACUGGAUCCGGGGAGUGAUGGGCGGGAAGGACUGACCCCGAGGGGCCGGGCUGGGCGUCCACAGUGGAGCCCAGACGGGAGAGCACUGGGUUCAGGACUGAGCCCUGGGUGUGGGUGGGUGGAGGAGGGAGACCUAACUAGGCCACAGAGCCAGGGAAAUCCUCCCUCGCCUCCCACAGCCCCGCCUCCUCACCCUCCACCUUCCUAGGGGGCUUCUGCCAUACCCGGGAAGCCCCAUUCAUCUCUGCUCUGAACUUCAUCUCCUGCGGACCCAGCUUCUUCUAUACUCUCUUAGGAGACAGUCACCGUCUCAUCCCCCUGUUCAAGUGCUGUGAAGGAGUAGUCUCAAUUCAUUUCAUUUCUGGAACAUUCUGAAGCCCCUGUAGUCCACCUUCAAAUACUCAAACUCUUGGCUUCACCAAGCACAACCCAUGGCUGCAUUUGGAAUCGUAGCUCUUUUUGUUGUUUUAAAUCAGAAAAAAAAAAAAAAAAAAACCAACCAGGCGCUUCCUGUGUUACUUCAUUGACUCCUCACACCAACUUUGCAAAGGUUGAGUUGUUAUCCUCUGUUUUACCAAGAAAGAAAGUGAAGCUCAGGGAGAUAAGGGACUUUUGCAAACCCCACAGCUGAUACAGGACAGUGAAGACAUGUGCUUUUCAGCACACCUCAACACCUAUAGGUGUCCUGAAGACCCGCUGUAUCGCCCACCCCCAGUCCCCACAUCCCUUCAGGCACUCUCUUGGUGAAGAUCACAGCUUCCUGCUGGUCCCGCUACUGCAGACUCCUCCAUGAGCCCAGCCCUGGGUGGAUGUUCCUGUAGGCGUUCCCAGCACUGCUGGAAUCCUCAGGCCCUGUCUGCACCAUCAAGCACUAUUCCACCUGAAAAGACCAAUUCUUUCAUUUUAAUAAGGACUUAAGCUGAUGCUUUUUUUUUUUCAUCUUAAAGAGAUGGGAAUGCCAGACCACCUCACCUGCCUCCUGAGAAAUCUGUAUGCAGGUCAGGAAGCAACAGCUAGAACUAGACAUGGAACAAUGGACUGGUUCCAAAUAGGAAAAGGAGUAUAUCAAGGCUGUAUAUUGUCACCCUGCUUAUUUAACUUUUAUGCAGAAUAUAUCAUGAGAAAUGCUGGACUGGAUGAAGCACAAGCUGGAAUCAAGAUUGCAGGAGACAUAUCAAUAACCUCAGAUAUGCAGAUGACACCACCCUUAUGGCAGAAAGCAAAGAAGAACUAAAGAGCCUCUUGAUGAAAGUGAAAGAGGAGAGUGAAAAAGUUGGCUUAAAGCUCAACAUUCAGAAAACUAAGACCAUGGCAUCUGGUCCCAUCACUUCGUGGCAAAUAGAUGGGGAAACAAAGGAAACAGUGACUGACUUUAUUUUGGGGGGCUUCAAAAUCACUGCAGAUGGUGACUGCAGCCAUGAAAUUAAAAGAUGCUUGCUCCUUGGAAGAAAAGUUAUGACCAACCUAGACAGCAUAUUAAAAAGCAGAGACAUUACUUUGCCUCUAGUUUAAGCUAUGGUUUUUCCAGUAGUCCUGUAUGGAUGUGAAAGUUGGACUAUAAAGAAAGCUAAGUGCCAAAGAAUUGAUGCUUUCGAACUGUGAUGUUGGAGAAGACUCUUGAGAGUCCCUUGGACUGCAAGGAGAUCCAACCAGUCCAUCCUAAAGGGAAUCAAUCUUGAAUAUUCAUUGGAAGGACUGAUGCUGAAACUCCCAAGAUUUUGACCACCUGAUGCGAAGAACCGACUCAUUGGAAAAUUGGAAAAUGAUGCUGGGAAAGAUUGAAGGUGGGAAGAGAAGGGGACAACAGAGGAUGAGAUGGUUGGAUGACAUCACCAACUCAAUGGACAUGAGUUUGACUAAACUCCAGGAGUUGGUGAUAGACAGCGAGGCCUGGCAUGCUGCAGUCCAUAGGGUCGCAAAGAGUCGGACACGACCGAGCGACUGAACUGAACUGAACUGAACUGAGCUGAUGCACCAUAAAAGAAGCAAAUAAAAUGCACUUUUUCAGAUGGAAACAAAAAUGAAUACUGUAAAACAGAAGAGAGCAAAUUUGCUAGCCUUCAAGGUCAAGUUAGCUAUAUGGUUAAAGGUUGAAUUUAUCUUUGAAAAAUAGCAGAAUUCAAAGUUAUACAUACAUGUGGUAAGUUCCAUUUUUAAACCUAUAGAUAGUAUAAAAUAUUCAAAAUAUUAAACUGAGUUACUUUUAA